GACAUUGCUUUAAUCGUGACGUGGUUGGUGUGGCUAAAAGGAAACCAACUGACCAUAAUACUGAUAACAAUAGUGAACGAUCUGUAGCUAGUUAUUAUGGAAUAAUUCAGUUGGUAUUUUAUUCUCAACAGUUAGCAAACCGUUUAGUGCAGUCUUCUCUGGUAAGUAAGCACGACAAGGGAACUUGAGCCAUCGGUGUUGGCACAUAGGUUAGCUAACAACAACAAUUGUGCUAACGUUAGCUAGCAAGCAAAACAGAGAUAUGUCGAAAACGGUAUCUACAUGUCGAUUAACGUUAGUCUAUCGUGGUAGCGUUAGCUAGUUUAGCAAUCGUUUGUAUUAUAGAAUAUGUGUGUAGUAGACAGUAUGCUAUCUUACAGACUGUGGCUAGACGGAUGGCUUGGCUCAUGUGAUUUGAAUUUGUGUCCCUUUCUUGACAGGUAGGCAUUGAGACCUCUUUGCCUUGGGGUUGUAGUAGUUGUUGAUUUUAGGCUGCUGCGCUGGGACACGCCAAUCAUAACCCUGUGACUGUCUUUGCGUCAUCAUGAAGCUGUACAGCCUCAGCGUCCUCCACAAAGGAGCGACUAAAUCCAACCUCCUCAAAUCCGCCUAUGACCUCUCCUCCUUCAGCUUCUUCCAGCGCUCCAGGUGGGUCUUCCUCUUGGCACCUGGGCUGGGGUGCAUCUCAGUAGUCUAAAGGGGGUUCCUUCCCUCCAUCUACACUGAUCUGAAGACAGGAUUUAUGAAAGCAAUGUGCGAAGGACUCCGACUAGGCAUAUACUUCACCUGUCCAGUUCUUGUACAUCAGUGCAGAUGAAGGCGAAGAUGACACCCCUGUCAAUAAUAAUAGCUUAUCUUAAACCUGUCAUGGGUUUAGACUUCAUAAGAAGAACACUGUUUUCACCAUUGUCUGUGUGUUUGGUUUUGGCAGUGUCCAAGAGUUCAUGACCUUCACCAGCGCCUUGAUUGUGGAGCGUUCUGCAGACGGCAGCCGAGCCUCAGUCAAAGAACAAGGUUAAGCCCUGAUACAUUGGGCUAUAACAUAUGGGAGUUUUUUUAUUUGUUAUGUGAGGACACACCUAUAAUUCCUACCCUUUCCUCCCUCUAGGGUACCUGUGCCAUGUGUAUGUGAGGAAUGACAGUCUGAGUGCAGUGGUGAUAGCAGACAGCGAGUACCCCCAAAGAGUCGCCUUCACACUACUAGACAAAGUGGGUACACUGCAGAGAGAUGCAUUACCUCCUUAGCAACAAGUGAAGAAUAUUACUCUGGCCUGGGUCUUGUUCCUGUCAAGGUUUCUUCCAAAGUUAUUGCUCCUUGCCAGGCCCUUUUGGCUUUAUGUUUAAUGUAAUAGAUUGAUGUUUGAUCAUGCAGGUGCUAGAGGAGUUUUCCAGGCAAGUGGACAGUAUAGACUGGCCAUCUGGAAACCCAGACACCAUCAACUACAAAGCCCUGGACAUCCACCUGGCCAAAUACCAGGUACACAUGGCGUCCUGUCUCUAAAAUAGACACAUAACAUACAUUGCACAUGUAUGUACAAGUCAAUUACAAAAUAGAUCAAUAAAAGAACACUUGAAUAACCAACCCUACUUUGAAUCUUUCACGUUUCUUCUUGGAUGAUUGUGAAGGUUUGACAGAAUUUGUGUUUUUUUCCUCAGAACCCCAGAGAUGCAGAUGCGAUGACCAAAGUGCAGGCUGAGAUAGACGAGACAAAAAUCAUUUUGGUGAGACACUUUAGUCGACGCUCCCUUACAACUCCAAAACAUCUCACAUAAUGGGGAAACUUUAGAUAAGCUCAUAACAUUUUCCCAGUGUAGGAAGCUUGCACUACUGCAUGUCAAACACUGUUAGUGCCUGUGGUUGGUAGGAUGCUGUAUAUGAAGUGGACUGUGCUGUGAUUGUCUCUGCAGCAUAACACCAUGGAGUCUCUGUUGGAGAGAGGGGAGAAGCUGGAUGAUCUGGUACAGAAGUCUGAACACCUGGGGAACCAGUCUAAAGCCUUUUAUAAGACUGUGAGUAGUGACUGUGGACUGAGCUCUCCAGUUAAAAUAAUCACAGCAUCUUAGAUUAAACAUGGGCUACUUUUAUCCCAACUUCAUUUGCAACACUUUAUCAAAACUCUUUAUUAAGACUCAUUUCCAUUACAUAGGUAGCCUUCUCAGUGUGAAAUUGAUAUUGCUAAUCAGUCACUUUGUCUUUGUUUUCUAUCCAACAGGCACGGAAGCAGAACUCAUGCUGUGAGGUCAUGUGAUGUUGCUGGACUGUUCUCUUGGACACGUCUCUCUUGGCCUUUCUACUCAUUCUACAACUUCCACUCAGUCUCUGGGAGGUCGGGGGGAGUGGGUGGGAUCUCUGGAAUCUCUCUACAUGCUGACUGGUGGGGGGGAGUUUCAUCUGGAAAAAAGAUCAUACUUAUUUGCUUAAUUGUAACCGCUCAAAAGGGGUUUUGAGGAGGUUCAUAGCCAGCCAGGACGUGGUCAAUAAUCAAUAACGUGUUGAUGUAUCUUGAUGAUUUGUUGUUCAAAAUGUCUUAAACCGUUUCCUGAAUUCAGACUGCAUCAGAGUCUUAAUCUGAGUUUGAUCUCAGCUUUCUGGAAGUUUUGAUCUUAUGCUUGGCUUUAAAGAAACCCUGACAAUCUCCCUCUGUGCUCAAUGUAGUAACUCACAGGAUCAGCUGGUGAUCUCAUUAAGGGAUGGUAGUGACAUCUUAUUUCCUCUGUCCAGUAGAUGACACUAUUUCCUCACAUUCGUAGUUCAGGUAUGUUCAAUUCUGUAUUUAAAGGGCGUCUGUGUAGCCCGGAGUAAUUCCAUUUAGUGUAAUGUGAGUUGAGUGAGCGAAGUGUCUAUAUAACUGGGACUGAGACAACAGAACUCCAUGAUCAAAUCCUCUGAGUUUGUUUUUAAAGCUCAUUUUCACAGGACAUUCAUUGGAUUAGGUUACAUAUUGUUGUGUUUUGAUUAAGGUUACAUAUUGUUGUGUUGUUGUUCUCAAUAUGAAGAUGUGAAAACUUUGAAACAUUCCCAGGUUUUUCAAAUUCACAAGUUGAUUGGUAUUGUAGCACAUGCGGAUGAGCUUAUGUUGAACUAAAUGGCGUAGCCUCUACUUAUAGAGCAGUGUGUAGUGAUGUCUACAGAUUCUCAUUGAUAGACAAAGCCUUAUUCAAGUAUGGGUUAGAUUGAAAUCCCCCUACGUAUGAGUAUGUGUUAGGAAAGUGUCCUAUUGGAAGGGCUCCUCGACUUUGUAAUCCUUCUAAAGCUUUUUGAAUUUUUUUGUGUUUCUAGUCUGGACAAAGUCUUAAGACAUGGCCCACGAUGAAACAGCCAGGACCCACCCACCAAUGGGUUCCUCAUUCACAAUUAGGUGUCCUGCUGCAGUCUUAUGUCUGCAGCUCUGCCCCUUGUUGGCAGUGUGAACAUACUACAUCUGGAUUGGAUUUAAACUCUUUACAUUUUAGUCAUUUAGCA